UGCAAUUGGAGCGACAAAAGAGGCUACAUCUGUAUUUAUAAAAUUGAAACUAACAAAAUGUCCCUAAACUUUCGGUAUCAUGUUUUGAAAAGCGUCAAGCCAUACACCAUAUACAUUCCACAAUUAAGUAAAUCAACAUUACGCGUCUUAAUACAAGUUUCGGUACACUAUAUCGAAACAAAAAAAUCAUCACCUGACGUUUUGGAACUUGCAAUAAAUAAACUUAAAAAUGCAGGCCACGAAGUGCCUAAGAACUUUUGUGAACUGUUUACUAUGGUGCUGUUGAUAAUGCAAAUCUAUUUACGCUGUCCAAAAGGUGUGGUCAAGGAGCAAGAACUGCGGCAGUGCUUAAUUGACGAUUUGUGCUUCACAGAUGCUUGCGCUGACGAUUUGACCAAGGUGCUGAUUAACCACCGUACGACGCUUAGUAGAAAUUUUGCUGAAACCAAAAUGGAAAGACCAAAAAUGUUGGACAUGCAAUGGCGGAUAAAUAUUUCCUUGGGCUCAACAAUGGCCCAGCUGGAUAAGCCCACAAUUGUAUUGCAUUUUAAAUUGAAUAAUGGCGAACAUCGUACUUUAGAGCUGCCUUUGUCAAUGUUUCAACGUUUGCGAUUUAAUGUUGCUACGAUGCUUAGCGAGCUGCAAUCCUUGCAGAAUCGUCCUGUUUUAAAACAGUUUUAGAUAUGAGUAAUUUAAGUUAUAGGCAGUAUGGUUAAUUAUGUAUUUGAUUUAUACUAUACUUAUGU